AUGGAGGGACUUCUAACGCAGUUAAAAGUGGAGCUGUGUGCGGAGUUGAGCGAGGAUCUGAUCAACAUUCAAACAAACCGGCUGGAAAUGGCUUUCGAUGAACAAGUGAGUGCACUUUCAGACCUCAAAUUGAGGUCCGUACAUUAGAGUCCUAAGUCACAUUCGCGAAUAUGGACGAUCGUGAAGAUCAAUGCAACAAUAUUCGUGCACAAAAUGGGGCAGAAUCCAUAUUGGCGAAUGACCUAACAGAUUAUGUUAAAGCAGCAAUUUGAUCAGUUCAACUGAAUUUGAGUGAUUCAUAAAUUACAAUAGAUCAUUGCCACAGAUUUACCAAGCUAAAUUUGGCCCCGAAUUAGACACCAAGGGAUGUUAUAGCCAGACUGCAUUUUUAAUAUGUGAAAGAUGAUUUUAUGAGGGCUCUGAGACAAGGCAAAGAAUUCCCUGGAUAUUUUAGGCAUUUAUGUAUAUUUUAAGACUUUCUGCUACAAAGGUAAGGAGGAGAGACUUAUAAGAUAUUACAAGGCAAUUGAUGUCCAAAGGCAUAAAGUAUUUCUGGGCUUCCCUAUAAAAAUUUUGUUCUGGCAUUUAGGUCAGAAUUUGGCGCUUCCUACACCGGAGGAAAGAGAAGAAUUUUUGCCAAUUUGAUAACAGAUGACCAUCAGAGCCCUCAGAAUCCAAAACCUUCCAGUAAGUCAAGAAGAAGAGAUGUCUUCACCAAUUAA